AAAUUCAUUCGGAAAGCAGCAAAAAGGCAAAAAAUUAAAAAAAGUAAAAUCAAACGCAAUUCAAUUAGUUAAAUAUUUUAAUAUAUUUAAUUAUAAUAAAUUAUAAAAAAAAUCCACGAACCCAUGCUCAAAAAAGCUCGAAAUACCUAAAAGUGAAGUGAAAAAAGACGAUAAAAAUAAUAAAUAAAAUUAAUAUGUUUAAAAUAUUUAUUAAAUAUAAAUAAACUAAACAUAAACCGGAAGUAUUUACAAAAAAAAAGUGUAACAAAGUCAUCAGAAGACAAAACAAAUACGCAGUUAAAUUUGCUCAGAUUUUGCGUUUUCUAAAGUUGCCGAGAUUUCUGAAUAAGAAACAAAAAAAAUAGAUUGUCUAAUCUCUUUUUAUUUAUUUUACUUACAAAAACAUCACAAAAAUGGCUUCAACACCACCAAAAAUGUUGAGCGAAGAUUUGCUGGGCGGAAAAAACUUUGUAAGGAGUAUUACCUCUAGAGGCACACUUCAAGAAUCUUGGAUUGAAUUAAGUACUGCCGCAACCAUGGCCGGCGUUAAAAGUCCCGACAGAAUAACGCCUUUGCCUUUUGCCAAUGGCGAAGAGUAUUUGCGUUUGUUGCGUGAGGCCCAACGAGAGUCAAACCAAUCGAGUCGUGUAGUUUCACUGGCCAGCUCAAGGCGGGACACCCCUAGAGACAGUCCCAAAUCACCUCCAAAUAGUCCAAAUACGGAAUUAUGUCCGGAUGAGGAUCUCAAAAAUGUAUAUAUUAAUUAUUGGAAUAAGACUGGAGAAUCACAGAGAGACAAUAACGAUUGGUUGGAUGAAUGGAACAGCCGACCUGAUCAACAACCACCAAAAGAUUGGAAAUUCGAACAUCCACAGAACCAACAGAAAAAGAAGACAGCUGGUUAUUCCAUACGUUUGACCAGAUUGGGCAAAAACUCAUUGUUCUCACGAGAAAUUCUAUAUUCCUUAAUAUUAUCAAAUGUAUUGUCGCUACUACUUGGAGCAGGUUUAGGGUUAUGGCUCAGCAAACGUGGCAUUUUGUUUACCCGAGUGGUAAUAGACUGAAGUGAUUAACUUCAAACUGGCAUACUUCUUUUUUUUCUUCUAAAAGAUCUACAUAUACAUAAAAUAAUAUAUAAGGUGUGAUUUACAUAUACAUAUAUACAACAUAUAAAACUUACUAUUUAAUUUACUUCUUUUUCAUACACUUUUUAUAAUAGGUCCGUAGCUUGGACUUUUAAAUUCAAAACAAAACAGAAAGAUUUCUAACUCUUAAAAAACACUUGAAAAAUAAAAAGAAUCUUAAAUAAAAUUUGGGCUCAGGUGGCAAAGAAAUGUCUGAAAGAAAAAAAUAUUCUGUUGUUUGUUUUCCCAGAAAAAGCAUAAACACAUAAAACUGCAAUGCCAAUUGAAAUCGUUUUUGUUUGAGAUACUAACAGUUUAGCUAAUUUUUGUUUUUUGUUAGUUAAAAUUAAAUUUUGUUUUCUGUUAUUUUCUUUGCGCCCGAAGAUAUGCAGUAGUUUUUUAUGAAGUCUUUUAACCAAAUCAGCCACACUUUUUGUAGUAGUUUGUGGGGAUUUUUAUAUAGAAAUUUUAUAAUUGUCUUUUAUAUGAUUUUUCGGAACUUAGCAAAUAUGUUUAAAGUAACGUAUUUUUUUUUUGUAAAAAAUAGCAAAAAAAGAAGUAUCGUAUCGUUUGUUUAAUUUAUUACUUACUUUGUAUUUUGCAAUUAUAAUAUUAAAAAAAAACAAAACAACAAAAGAUUAUCAAAAUAACAACAACAACCGAAACGUACAUUUUAUUCUUAAUUAUAAUAAUAUAUAAUAAUUUAAACGAUUUUUUUAAUAUAUACAUACAUAAACAUACAUACCCUUUUUAUAUUAUAUACAUACGACAACAACAAAAACCAGAUACAAAAGAAAUGAAAGAUAAAAAAUACAUACUUGCGCAUACAUAUUUUAAAUAUAAAAAUAAUUUUUUACGAAUGUAAACUUUAUUUAAAAUUUCAACGUCAAAAAAUGUCAACUUGAAAAGGCAUCGUCUUUAGAUACACUUGAAUGCAAAAAUCGCAAUAAAAAACAUAUAUUAAACAUCAUCUAAAA